GCUGAGCUGAAGCCUGUGGAGGGCAAGGAGUAUGCCAUGGACUCAGAGAGCUACCUGGAGAAGCUGUCUGCUCUCAGUGCCAGCCUGGCACGUGUGGUGGCACCAGCCCACGAGGACGAGGUGGAGAUGGACGAGUUCCCAGUGGAGGGGGAGACCGCGGAGCAGAUGGACGCCAGGAAGAAGGAGCAGGAGGCCCUGGAGAAGCACAAGAAGCUGUUUGAAGGGCUGCGCUUCUUCCUCAGCAGGGAGGUGCCUCGAGAGCCUCUGGCCUUCAUCAUCCGGUGCUUCGGUGGGCAGGUCUCCUGGGACAAGUCCCUGUGCAUCGGUGCCACCUACGAGGCGAGCGCCCUCGUGGACAGGCCCCGGGUGGAGCGCCAGGUUGUUGGCAGGUGCUACCUGCAGCCUCAGUGGGUCUUCGACUCGGUCAAUGCCAAGCUCUGUCUGCCAGUGGCCGACUACUUCCCCGGCGUGCUGCUGCCCCCCCACCUCUCGCCCUUCGUGACGGAGCAGGAGGGAGACUACGUGCCCCCCGAGAAGCUGAAGCUGCUGGCCAUGCAGAGGGGAGAGAACCCAGGUGGUGAAGAGAGUGAGGAGGAGGAGGAAGAAGAGGAAGAGGAGGAUGACAAUGAUAAGGAAGAGGAGGAGGAGGAGGAAGAUGAGUCUGAAAAGGAAGAGGAGAUGAAAUUAAAGAAGCUGGAAGAGCAGAAGACUCAGAGCAACCAGGCGUUGCCCGUGAAGGUGACUGCUGGCAAGCUGCGGCUGGAGGACAGGCAGCGCCUGGAGCAGGAGCAGCAGAGCGAGGAGAAGCGCUUGGCCAUCAUGAUGAUGAAGAAAAGGGAGAAGUACCUCUACAAGAAGAUCAUGUUCGGCAAGAAGCGCAAAAUCCGCGAGGCAAACAAACUGGCUGCGAAGAGGAAAGCCCAUGACGCUGCCCUCAAGGAGGAGAAGAAGAAAAGCAAGAAGGCACGACGAGUGUGA